UUGUGUAUUUUUGCUCUUGAUUGUAACAGAAUAACGAUGUUGGGGUAUCUUAGACUUUUCCUUAUUGUACUGUUUGCAUCUGGCUUGGUUUUCGCUGAGGAGUACAAUUGCAUUGAACACGCAAAUCCCGAAUCUGGUAAUAUCCCGAUACCUGUUUGUCGUAGGGAAUGCAUUGGACGUGUGCCAGAUUGUAAGCCAAAUUGUUAUGAUAAGUGUCCUAAGCACAGUAAAUGCGUAGAACCUGAAAAAUGUAAGUGCGAUGAAGGAUACGUUAAGAAUGGACCUGAUACGAAUAUGACGUGUAACCCAAUAGUAUGUCCGCCAAACAGUCAAAUGGUUAAUGAUACUACUUGCAAAUGUUUUGAUGGCUACAAAGGAGAUAUAGUCGAAAUGAAUGCGAUUCUUCAGAGCUGCGAACCUAUUUGUGAACCGAGUUGCCCCGCUCAUAGCUUCUGCGCCUCGCCAAAGAAAUGUGAGUGCGAUAAAGGAUACGUUAAGAAUGGACCUGAUACGAAUAUGACUUGUAACUUAUUAGUAUGUCCGUCAAACAGUCAAAUGGUUAAUGAUACUACUUGCAUAUGUCCCGAUGGCUACCAAAAAGUCGAAAGUCUUCAGAGCUGCGAACCUAUUUGCGAACCGAGUUGCCCCGCUAAUAGUUUCUGCGCCUCGCCAAAAAAAUGUAAGUGCGUUCGCGGUUAUGAGAUCGAUGAAAUGAGUGAUGAUGACCCUACAAAAUUGAACCAUUGCAAACCUGUUUGCUAUGCGGAGUGCCCCGAGAACUCGGUCUGCGUCUCUCCAGAUGUUUGCAAGUGUAACCCGGGAUAUAGUCCAAUCACGAAUAAGUCUGGUACUUUAGCUAGUUGUCUCGAGGACUCUUUCACUGCAUUCACUGAAACGCAUAUUAUAAUCUACAGUUUUUUGAUUUGUUCGGUGAUAUUCACGAUAGUCACAGUAAUUGCAAUGAUAGUCAUUUGUGUGCGAAAGGAAAACCCAGCGGAAGUUCCCGAUACACGAUCAUGGCAUACUUCUUUCGCCUCGUAUGCAGAAUAUGAAAUGAAUGAGAACAUAAAUAAUAAUUCUAUGGGAAAAAAUUAAAUUGGUUUAAAGAA